AUUUAUAUGAUCCCCUCGAAUAGUGGGCAUCUUAUGUUCUGAAUGCCGUGAAAGCAAAAGAACUGUUUCUUAGAGAUGUAAAUUAUAUAAUUCGUGGCAAAGAGGUUCUUAUCGUUGAUGAGUUUACAGGACGAGUUAUGCAGGGGAGGCGGUGGAGUGAUGGACUUCACCAAGCAGUUGAAGCAAAAGAAGGUCUGCCGAUUCAAAACGAAACUGUAACUAUGGCAUCUAUUAGCUACCAAAACUUCUUUCUCCAGUUUCCAAAACUUUGUGGAAUGACUGGAACUGCAACAUCUGAAAGCACAGAAGUUGAAAGCAUAGACAAGAUUAAAGUUACAAUUGUCCCCACAAACAAGCCUAUGAUAAGAAAGGAUGAGUCUGAUGUAGUUUUCAGGGCAGCUAUAGGUAAAUGGCGGGCAGCUGUAGUAGAGAUUUCUAGAAUGCACAAAACAGGUCGCCCUGUACUCGUUGGCACAACCAGUGUUGAGUAG